CAAUUUCAAAUUCGCAUCCAUUUUUCCAUACACUUCUUUUUGUAUUGUUCCAUGUGUUAUGAUGUAAAAUAUUUAGAGUACAACUUUUUAAUGUAGUUCAGUGGAUAUAGAUUUCAUGAAAUGGCUGAUAAAAACCCUUUAGAAUCUUUCGGGCGUGGUGGAAGAGGAGCAUUAUUGCUCGCUGCUCUUCAGAAUCAACCUCGUAGACCAGGUCAAUCUCCACCAUCAAGUGAAGAAUCUUCGCCGUCUACUACAGAUCCACCUGGUGAACUAAAACCUUUCGGAAGAGGAGCAUUAUUGCAAUCUUUAAUUCAAGCUAGAGGACGUGGAAUACCACAGACAUCUGUUCCAGAUCUCCCACGACCUGUUGGACGUGGUCGUGGCCUAGCCAGCAUUUUGUUAGAAACUGAUUCGAAAUCAAAGUCAGAAAGUCAUGCUACUUCCACAGAUAUUUCUGCAGGAUCUGAAUCAACAUCUGUUACACCUCCAACUUCUGAAUUCGAAAGGUUGGCAGUUGGAAACUAUAAAGGAACUUACGGAGAUUCUCUAAAUCUUGAAGUAAAUUAUGUAUAUUUGCGAACGUAUCAUGGAAAGGGUAUUUAUGAGUAUCAUGUGGAUUUUGAGCCACUAAUAGACAGCCGAAACAUGAAAUUUCGUCUGAUGAACGAUCCAGUUGUUAAGAAAAUAAUUGGGAAUGUGAAAACAUUUGAUGGUAUGAAAUUAUACCUGCCACUUAAACUUGCUGUUUCCCCUCAGAAAAUUGCUGUUACUCGACCUACCGAUAAAACUAUUGUUACUGUGGUGAUUAGACUAAUCAAAGAAAGCAGUCCAUCAGAUUGCUUGCAUCUUUAUAAUUUAUUGUUCCGAAAAGUGAUGAGAACUUUGAAGAUGAUCCAGGUUGGCCGAAAUUAUUUUAAUCCUAAAGGAGGAAUACCAGUUCCUCAGCACAGAUUAGAAAUUUGGCCUGGAUAUGUAACAGCUGUUCAGGAACAUGAAGGUGGAGUGAUGUUAAACUGUGAUUCUUCAUUCAGAGUUCUGCGAACUGUCACUGCUAGAGACUUAAUGCAGGAGGUUUCAUCCCAAUCGAGAGGUGGCAAUGUCCGAGAACAAAUAGUGAAGACUUUAAUUGACUGUGUAGUUCUUACUCGUUAUAAUAAUAAGACUUACAAGAUUGAUGACAUUAAUUGGGAAAUGAGUCCCAAGUCUACGUUCAAAUCAAGGGAUGGUCCUGAAAUAUCUUUCAUUGAUUAUUACAAAAGAUCUUAUGACAUACAGAUUAAUGAUCUUAACCAGCCUCUAUUGCUUAGUAAAAGUGAUAAAAAACGUUGUAGGGAAGGGGAGGAACCUCAGUUAAUUUGUUUGAUUCCAGAACUUUGUUUCAUGACUGGUCUCACUGAUACUAUGCGAAGCGAUUUUAAAGUCAUGAAGGACAUAGCAGCAUAUACUAGAGUGCAGCCUGAAAACAGACAGUUAGCACUGCAGAGAUUUGUUGAUAAUGUCAGAAAUUCUCCUGAAGCAAAACAGGUGUUUGAUAAUUGGAAUGUUGAAUUGGUUCCCAAUCCAGUAAGUUUAGAAGGUAGAAAUUUGCUGCAAGAAAAUUUAUACUUUGGAGGUGGAGUAAAGGUGCGUGCAAGCAUUGAAGCUGAUUGGGGAAGAGAUGUUACUGGGAAUAAUGUCCUUGUACCAGUUCAUUUUGUGAAGUGGGCAGUUGUUUUUCCUAAACGGGACUCCGGUAAAAUCCGUGAAUUUGUGAAAAUGUUGCGCAAUGUGUGUCCUAAAAUGGGCAUUGAUGUUAAAGAACCCCAGUAUGUAGAGAUUCAUAAUGACAGGACUGAAACCUACUGCGAGGCAAUUAAAGACAUAAUCAAUCCUACUCUCCAAAUCGUUGUUGCAAUUUUUCCAACACCAAGAGAUGAUCGUUACAGUGCAGUAAAAAAAUUGUGCUGUAUUGAAAUGCCUGUGCCAUCACAAGUCAUAAAUUUAAGGACAAUAAGUGAUGCAAGAAAGCUGCGUAGUGUUGUUCAAAAAAUUGCUCUUCAAAUGAACUGCAAGUUGGGAGGAGAACUUUGGUCAGUUCACAUUCCCUUGAAUGACUUGAUGGUGUGUGGUAUGGAUGCUUAUCAUGACAACGCCAGAGGCCGAAGAUCUGUUCUUGCAUUUGUUGCUAGUAUAAAUCAGAAUCGUACUCGCUGGUUCAGCAUGACAACAAUGCAGAGGCCUGGUCAAGAAUUUGCUGACUCUCUAAAAAUGCUGUUUAUAUCUGCUUUACGCAAACACUUUGAAGUUAAUCAUCGCUUACCAGAAAAAAUUAUUCUGUUUAGAGAUGGUGUCAGUGAUGGACAGCUAGAUGUUGUAUCAAAAUAUGAAGCUGAACAACUUAAAUCAUGUUUCCCCCACUUCUCUGCUGACUAUGCUCCAUCUCUUACUGUAGUUGUAGUACAGAAGAGAAUCAAUACCAGGAUCUAUACUGUUGAACAUGAGAAUAAUCGAAAAAUUUUGAAAAAUCCACUGCCUGGUACAAUUCUUGAUCAUAGUAUCACUAGGAAGAAGUGGUAUGACUUUUUCCUGGUUUCCCAACAUGUCAGGCAGGGAACUGUAACACCAACUCACUAUAUAGUUGUUUAUGACUCCAGUAAUAUUAAACCAGAUCAUAUGCAACGUAUUACUUAUAAAAUGACCCAUCUAUACUAUAACUGGCCUGGUACUGUAAGAGUUCCUGCUCCCUGCCAAUAUGCUCACAAACUUGCAUAUCUUGUUGGCCAAAACUUACAUAAGGAAACUCAUUCUGAUCUGAAUGAUAGGUUAUUUUAUUUGUAGAUAUUUGUUUUAUCUACAUCUUUUAAUUCCAUCUACAUAUGCACAAUUCAUUGUCAUGCUUUCAUUCAAAAUAAACAUUUUUAAUGUUUUGUAUGUGCUUUCGUGGAGUAACGAAGGAACCAGUACAGUACAAAUUUUGCCACAGAACUGAAUAAUAAUAUUUAAUUGUCAAUUCUCUAAAGCGUUUUUAAAUUUUGUAUUGCAAAGUAAAAUUAUUCUGUACAUAUUUUCCAGUUGAUUUAAAAUUAGUCAUUUAAGAAGCUUUAUUAGUUAUGCUUACUGAAAAUUAUAAUUAAAAAUGAACAGUGAUUAAACUAAAAUUGAUAUAUUUGUUAUCAGACAGAUAUUGAUAUUAUGGCAUUGAAUUUAUGUCAUGUUAUUAACAUGUCAAAUAACCGUCCAUUUGAGUUUUCUGCAUUUCUUAGUAAAUUGGUUUUUGAGAUCAUGAUUGGAAUUGAUUAUUUGCUAGUUAAGCAAAUAUAAGUUUUAUUAGUGUUAGAAUAUCCAAAAAGGUUGCUGCUUAUGAAACUUUCACAAAACCUGGCAAUUUCAGAUGCUAUUGCAAAGCAAUUCUAAUGUUUAUAAUUUUGUAUGGAAAAGUUAAAAGAACAGUUUUGAAUGACAACUGAAAUAUUUGAAAUGAAUAAUUUAUUGGACCUUUUAGUAGGAGGACAAGAAAUAGGAUGAAUCAUGAGAACUGUAAUAAGGAAGUUUUUAGUUUGCUCUUAACUGUUAGUUAAAGCACCAAUUGUUAAAUACCAAAGAAGUAUCAACUGAGUUUGUUGAGAAAUUUAAGAGUAAUUAACUUGCUGAAAAAUUAGUAGAUACUGAAAUGUAUCUACUAAUUUCUUGUUUAAUAUACUUAAACUCAGAUCAAAUUCUAAUAAAAAUGUAUUAAGCAAUGCCAGGAAGAUAAAAUAUAUGCAAAUUACAAAUUAAAUUUGUAUUUUAUAUGUUUGUGAAGAUAUGUAACUUGAUGUUAUCUUUGUACUGCAUCUACAUAAAGGUUAUCAUAUUUGUAUGUUUAAUGCUAAUCGAGUGUAGCAGUUCUCAUUUUAUUUAUUUAUUUUUUGAGGUAUUGAAAUUUUUACAGCAGAUGAAAUUUAGUAUCUUUUUGUAUCUGACCAAAUUUCAAAAUUGUGAUGUCUGUCUCCAGCUAUCCUAGUGUGGUCUUGAAAUAGGAUGUUUAAUGUGACAGACUUCAAAGGUUAUAUUUGUUUAGUAUCGUGUAUUCUAUAAUAUGAAUAUAGCAACAUUUGAAUUUUUGAUUCCUUCUGCAAAAACUUUGAUCAUUAUAUGAGCCAUGGAAAUAUAUUCCAAAAAGAUUACUUUGUUUGAAAACUUUUUAAAAAAAUUUCUGUUUAGAUAUUUUUUUGUUGAUAUCCAAAAUUUGGGAUAAUUCAAGAUUACAAAAUGCAAAUCUCAAAUUAUUUGGAAUGAAGUUAUUUGUCGCAUUUGAGUUUGUCCUCAAGGCUGUUUUUAAUUAUUUGCAUUUCUUUGUUCUUGUGUUGUUUUUUGAUUGAUAAGAUAAUAUCAAAUUUGUUUUAUUGUUUUUUAUAUCUUAGAUUAAAGAAGAAUAACAUUAACUUCAUAAGUUCAGAUUUAUAUCCAUGUUCUGAUAUCUUAGUAUAUGUCCUUGUUUUAUACAAAAGUCAUCAUACUCAGGUAUGCAUGUUUGUGUUCUUUUUACUUAUUUCUUUUGUUAACUUGUAACCAGUUGAAUGAUCAUUUGGAAUUAUAAAGUGAUGAUGCUAUAAAAUAGGCAGUUCUUUUUUGAAAUGACAAAAAUAGGAUCUGCUUUUCAGUAUUAUUUCUUAAAAUUCCGCCGGAAGGUAAAUAUUUUCAUUAUAUAUGAAAUAUACCAACAGCAUGUGAACACAAUAUUAAUUUAUAGUAUAGUAGGAAUAAAUACUGCUGAACAUAUUCUCUCAAAAUGAACAUUUUUGGCUGUGAUAUGUAGAUAAUUUCUCUCUCUUUUUAGUUGCUUUGAUAUUUUAGUGUACCUGCAUAUAGCUCUUUUAUAUUUUGUAAAUGGUGUACUUCAAAUUCUCUGGUUACAAGUUAAAUAAAUGUUUUGUUUAAAUAAGUUCAUUUGUUAUUUGUGUAUUGCAUUAUAAUGCAGAAAGAUACUGCUUUUCUUCUGUAUUUUUAUGUUAAAUUUUGAAAUGUGAUCUCAUUAAUGGUAACUUUCUUUCAUUCAUAUGUAUAAUAUUGCUUGGAAGGAUGAGUUGUUUCAACUCUACUUCAUUUUAAAAUAAAAGCACCGAUUAUCUUUUGUUCCAGUAUAGAUCUAGAUAUAUUUUCAACUCUGUGUGUAGUGCAUUUCAUGCCGAUUUUAUAGGCCAUUCCAUGAAAAUGCUUUAAAGUUCACUUGUAAAAUACUCACUAAAUGAAACGAUCUGUUUCAUUGAAUGUAUAUAAGUUGUUAUCCAAUUCUACUUUUGUGUAUGAAUGUAUCUAGAUUUUUAUU